AUGACAACCUUUACGAGAAUUGACGAUGGCGAGACGCCAGUCAUCGAGGUGGACGCCCUGAAGAAGCUGUCCAAGAUUGACCCUAUGAUCUAUGGAGGGUUCACCGAGCACAUGGGACGCUGCAUAUACGGCGGCAUAUACGACCCCGGGAACCCGCUCUCCGACGAGAACGGGUUCCGGACCGACGUCAUCAAGGCGCUGAGGGAGCUCAACAUCCCCGUGAUCCGGUACCCGGGCGGCAACUUCGUGGCCACGUACCACUGGCUCGACGGCGUGGGCCCGCGGGACCAGCGGCCGUCGCGGCCGGAGCUCGCCUGGCUGGGCACCGAGACGAACCAGUUCGGCACGGACGAGUUCAUGCGGUGGCUCGACGCGCUCGGCGAGGGCCGCGAGCAGCGCGUCGAGCCCUACAUCUGCCUCAACAUGGGCACGGGCACGCUCGACGAGGCGCUCGCCUGGGUCGAGUACUGCAACGGCACGCGCGACACGCACUACGCCAACCUGCGCCGGCGCCACGGCCGCGAGGAGCCCUACCGCGUCCGGUACUGGGCGCUGGGCAACGAGGUCUGGGGCCCCUGGCAGGUCGAGCAGGCGACCAAGGAGGACUACGCCAGGAAGGCGUUCCAGUGGGCCAAAGCCCUGCGCCUGCUGGACCCGGACAUCGUGCUGGUCCUGUGCGGGCAGGACGGCACGAGCAGCUGGGACCACCACGUGCUGCACGAGUGCGUCGGCUCGGUCGACAUGCACAGCAUCCACAUCUACACGGCGGCCAAGGACCACCUGCGCAACGUGACGGCGCCGCUGAGCGCCGAGCGCGCCAUCCAGGCGGCGGCGGCCCUCAUCGACGUGGCGCGCAUCGAGAACAAGGUGCCUCCCUCCAAGCCGCCGACGCGCAUCUGCUUCGACGAGUGGAACGUGUGGGACCCGGAGCGGGCGCGGGGCGACGAGGGCGCCGAGGAGCGGUACACGCUGUCCGACGCGCUGGCCGUGGCCGUGUGGCUCAACGUCUUUGUGCGGCAGAGCCGGCACCUGGGCAUGGCCAACAUCGCGCAGACGGUCAACGUCAUCAGCCCGCUCAUGACGAGCCGGGACGGCGUCACCAGGCAGACGACGUGGUGGCCGCUGCUGCUCUUCAGCAAGUACAUGCGCGGCUGGACGCUCGGGUGCCACGUGCGGUGCGGCAGCUACCGCGGCGAGACGCAGCCGGCCUGGCUGCAGGGCGUGCUCGAGGAGGGCGCGCCGUGGCUCGACGUCAGCGCCAGCGUCGACGACGGCGGCAUGGUCAGCAUGGUGGUCGUCAACAUCAGCGAGACGCAGGACCUCGAGGCCGAGAUCAGGGGCAUCAAGGCGCCCGUCAAGGUCUACCACAUCACGGGCCCGCGCGCCGACUCGGUCAACGUCGAGGACAAGCAGGAGGUGGCCGUCGAGAAGAGUCAGUGGAACGGCGAGGGCAAGGCCGUGUUUACGAAGCUGUCCAUGACCAUGCUGAGGUGGCAGUCGUGA